UCUGAUUCUGAACAGCAGAGAAGAGAGACCAGCCCAGAAAAUUUUCUACACUUUAUUCUAAAGAGUUCUUACAUUUUUCUUGUGCCACUGUCAUCUGACAAACAUUCGACAGAGCAACACAGCCAAGCUUGAUCAGCAUCUCCCUCAAAGCAAGAUUACUCAAUCUUUCUCCGCACAUAAGAAUAACGAAAAGCAUGAAGAUAAUGGCUACAGCAUUGGCUCUUUUACUUGUAGUCCUGGGUCACACAAUGGCUCAGAGUGGCCUCAAGAAGAACUUGGCAACACCCAAACAGGCAAAACCAGCACAAUGCUGUGAUGAGGUGCGCUCCUUGAAGGUCCAGGUGGCCAAUUUGACCAGCAUGUUGGAAGAAAUUAACAAGAAGCAGGAGUCUGAUCUUAUGAAGAUCGUGCGGCAGAUGAUGGAGCUGGAAAAGCUUAACCAGCAGCAAGAGGCCCGUGUCACAGAGGCUGAGAGCAAGUAUUCAGAAAUCUACAAUCAGAUUGAAAUCAUGCAGCUGCAGGCAGCCCAGUCUGCCCCACAGCAGAGCACUUCAGAUGCAAUCUACGAUUGCGCAUCUCUAUACAACAAAAACUACAAAAUUUCUGGAGAGUAUAAAUUACCAAAAGAUGAAUUCCUUGGAACACCUGAACUAAAUGUAUAUUGUGACAUGGAAAACAAUGGUGGUGGCUGGACUGUCAUUCAGAGACGCAAGAUUGGUCUGACAAGCUUCAACCGUGACUGGAAGCAGUACAAGAAUGGUUUUGGUACAAUCCGUGGUGACUUCUGGCUCGGCAACGAACACAUCUUCCGUCUGACCAGACAGCCCACAGUGAUGAGAAUAGAGAUGGAGGACUGGGAGGGUGAGAUACGCUACGCUGAAUAUGGCUUCUUCACACUGAGCAAUGAGAUGAACAGCUACAAGCUUUUAAUCGCCAACUACAGCGGGAACGCUGGCGACUCUCUGCGUUACCACAAUAAUACCAACUUCAGCACUAAGAAUAAAGACAAUGACAAGUGUGUGGACAACUGCGCACAACUUCGCCAAGGUGGAUACUGGUACAACUGCUGCACUGACUCCAAUCUUAAUGGUGUGUUUCACCGCUAUGGGUCACAUACCAAGAAUCCAGAUGGCAUCUCUUGGUAUGGAUGGCAUGGACCAAACUACUCACUGAAACGGGUAGAAAUGAAGAUCCGUCCCCAGAGCUUUGUACCUUAAAGACUUGCCAAAACCAAACUUAUGUUCCUGCUCACCACUAAACCUUGGAUCAACAUAUUCUACAGCUUAAGCUGGCCAAACAUUUCAGGAGGAAUGCAAGUGUUUUAAGAUAUAUGUGAUAAACGAUGUUUGACUGUAAAUUGCAUUUUAUACAAGGUAUUUAUCUCUUAAAUAUUUUAUUUUCUUUAGCCUUUUCUAGAUGAUUUUAUGCACAUGAUUAUUGAGUACAGCAAGACUAAGCAACAAGCUGAUGUAAGCCAUUCACAAAAUAUGUUCAAUUUUGUAAAAUUACAAACAAUUUGACAGUUCAGAGAAAUUAUGGUAAGUUCACUGGUAGAGUAAAAUGAACUCUGUAAAAAGUAAAAUAUUGGAUGAUUAAUAAAUUGUAUUUAAAAAAAAAAAAAAAAAAAAAUUCUUUACCUAAAUUAUGUGUCUGCAUUGGCGCAAAAUGAACUAAAACAGUCAAAAUGGGUAUGUGACAAACAUGAAAGAAAAAAAAAAAUGAAAUACACAAAAACAUUACGAAACAGCAGUGAGAUUUCCUCCAACUAGGAAUACUAAAAGUACUUGAAUGGCCACCCUAUACAUGUGACUUUGUCAAGAUCAGGUCACACAACUAUAGUAGUCAACAUUUGAAGUGGAUCAAAAAAGUUAAUCAAAGUUGUCCCAAGAACUAUGUUGUCCUAAGAAGAAGGUUUUAGGACAACUUUGAUGAAAGGUUUUGAUCCACUUCAAAUGUUGACUACUGUAUUUCAGGGAAAAUAAAAUAGUGAGAGCACUUUAGUUAUGCAGAUAGCAUGGCCAUAAACCUUCAAAAGGCAAACACAAAAAUAAAUAAAGAUAACAUGCAAAAAGCUAAUAAAGAGCAACUAGCAAAGGUAAAUGGUCAAAAACCCAUCAAAAAAACAAACACAGAUAUUAAACUAAAAACAUAAAUCUAUUGAUUCCUUGCAAAAAUACCCAAAACCUGGGUCAACAUGAGCACAUUACGCAUGAUCAUUUUAACUGGUGCAGAAUCUCUGGGCAUUUUGUGAGGUCCAGCUGAGGUUACACUUCCAGGAACUGCAUGAACUUACAUGACCUUUCAAUGCAUUGGAGAACUCCCUGUGCCCAACUGUUUGACACACUUCAUUUCUCUAAGCCAUUCUUCAUGUCAUAUAAGACCUGGCAGGAAACCAUGGCUUAACUUUUUAAAUUGACUACAUUAAUUGAGUUCUUAAUAAAACAUUGAUCUGUA